AGCCCAGUAGGUGGCGGUAAAGCAUCUUUCACGCAAGAUAUGUGCUUACAAUAAAUAACCGAAGAAAAAUGGCGGAAAUGGUUUAGCUGAAUUUUACUCUUUGCAUUUUUCUCACACGUCUUUAAAAUGGAUAAAAGGAAAAAGCAAUAUGAUGUAACAGCUGCAUCUCUGGUUGAUCUCAAAGCUGAACUGUACAGAAAGCAAGAGCAGUUCAAGCAAGAAAAGCUAGCUUCUGACGCAGGGGUUCCUCCAAAACCAAAGUCGAAAUUCAAGAAGCCGAAUGUGUGGGAUAAGCAGAACGAGGGCGUGUCGGGACGGUCGGAGAAGGAUGUGGAGCAGGCAAAAGAAGAGGAGAAUACCCUUGACAAGGCUAGACUUAAGCUUGAAGAGAAAGCCAAGCUGUAUGAGCAGAUGACGAAAGGAGAUUUCCCAGAUGAGGAAUCAGAGGGCCUUUUCCUGGUGGAUUUCACACAGAAGAUCAUCGACCAGAAGAGGGAGCUGCAAGCUCAGAGUGAGAGACCAGGAGCAGCGAGGGAGGAAGGGGAGAGUUCUGAAGAUCAGACACCUAUCCCUCCUCCCCAGAACCCUGGUGAGGAAUGGGUGGAUUAUGUUGAUGCCCUGGGCCGCUCCCGCAAGUGCAUGAAGAAGGAUCUGCCACAGUUUCAGAAGAUGGAUCAGGACCUUCAUGGCAAGAGGAGUGAGCCCAGUGGGAAAACCCUGCUGUCAGAGGACAUGCGCAGAGACCUGCAGCGGCAGGAGUGGGAGAGGGAGGAAGAGGAGGCGAUGAAGAGGCCAGUGGGGCCACUGCACUACGAGGACAUCCGAGACAAAGAGGCGAGGGAGCUGGGCGUGGGCUAUUUCGCCUUCGCUCAGGACGAAGCCCUCCGAAAGAAACAGCGGGACACUCUGGACAUGCUCCGAGACCAGACGACUGACCAGCGCAGUAAACGGGACAAGCUGAAGGAGAAGAGGAAGGCCCUCCUGCAGGCCAGGCUGAACAAAGUGCGGCAGAGGAAGAUGAAGAACGCCGGGCUGGAGGGGACAGAGGAAGCGCUGGUGGCUGAAGCAGAGGAAGAGGAGGAGGAUAUCAAGGAACCUCCUGCAGCCCCCGCACUGAAGAAGGUGGUGGUGGAGGUCCAGGAACGGAGGGACACAAUGCCCGGCGUGCCGCAUGUCCGAGACUGGGACAGGGGCAAAGAGUUUCUCCUCGGCCAUUGGACCAGCAAGCGGCGGGAAGAGCGGGAGGCGGAGUUCGCCCCUCCCUCAGCGUACUUCAGCGAGGAGAGGGCGGGUCACAGCCAGGGGGCGGAGGGGGGCAGACACAAACUGGCCUUCCGCUGGUCUGGAGCGCAGGCCAGGGAGGGUGGGGCCGCGUCCGGGCGGGGGGGCUCGGAGACGUCCCAGCAUGCAGCGCAGAAUCCGCCAUCGCACCAGCCUCAGGCGCACAGCCUGGACGACCUGCUGUCCUUCUACAAACACACCACCUGACUGUUCGCUUCCCGGAGAAUUGUGGAAUAUCUGCAUUGUGGCAGUCAGUCUGCCUCCUCCACAGGAUCAAAGCUGCACACGGACACUCACAGUCUUGAUAUUUUCAGUCACCUGAACUCCCAGAGCCCCAGGAUAUUAGUAAUGGCGUGGGUCAGUAUGGGACACUAGGUCAGGGGUGUGUGAAAUAGCAUUUCAAUGCAUGU